UGUACCGUGUAUGCUAGCUAGACCUAGUGCUACCACCAUGUACCAGUGCUUGUCGCGCCGCCGGUAACCCGGUACAGUGUUGUUACAUGUAGACUACGUUAUUCGUUAAUGUCAUGUCAACAGCUACAAGUACAGCAUGUUUAUGUUUUUGUUUAUUAACCACUUCCAGUUAAUACCAGGUCAACGGGUCAAAUGAUGACAAUCAGCAACUCUUACCGCAAGUGACCAUCAUCUAGAAGCGCAUUCUGUUUCUAUCAAACUCAGUCGAAAUGGGUUUGAGAGUUAUUACAACUGACUUUGCAUUUGGCAGACAUGGUAGAAUGUCUAAUUUAUAUAAACAAUGUAGGACUCUGUUUUGGAGAAGAGAUGUGUGUACAUCAUCAUCAUCUAUGAGUGCCCCAGUGAGGUAUCCAGUGCAGAAGGAUGGAAGGACUACUGUUCAUGUCUUGAAUUCAUUAACAGCAGCACAUGAUAGAAAAAGUGCAAAGAAGGAGCCUCUCUUAUUGAUGAACAAAAAUGUGGCAACAUGGUUUGCCUGUGGUCCUACAGUUUAUGAUUCUGCCCAUAUUGGGCAUGCAAGUUCCUACGUGAGAUUUGAUAUCAUCCGCCGUAUCUUGGCAGAGUUCUUCCAGACGAGCGUUGUCAUGGUGAUGGGUAUUACUGACAUCGAUGAUAAGAUCAUAAGACGAUCUCAUGAACAGAAUUUAAAGGACUUCAGAGAAUUAGCCGGAUUCUACGAAAGAGAAUUUUAUCAAGAUAUGCAACACCUCAAUGUCUUACCAGCUACUGUGUAUACCCGGGUAUCUGAUCAUAUACCAGAGAUUCUUACUUUCAUUGAUAGUAUCAUCAAAAAUGGCUAUGGAUAUUCUACAAGCAGUGGUAGUGUGUAUUUCAAUGUGGAUGCGUUCACCCUAGAGAGAUAUGACAAACUAGCCAGUCAAGACUUAGACGUCCAGCAUGAUGAAGGCAAAGAGUUCAUUGACCCAGAGAAGAGACAUCCAAGGGACUUUGCUCUGUGGAAGGGGGUCAAACCAGGAGAACCAUGGUGGGAUGCACCAUGGGGGAAAGGGAGACCAGGAUGGCAUAUUGAAUGCUCAGCUAUGUCCAAGGCUAUCUUUGGUGAGAGAUUGGAUAUUCAUACUGGUGGAAGAGAUCUAGCCUUCCCUCAUCACAACAAUGAGAUUGCGCAAUGUGAAGCUUGCUUCAACUCAAAUCAAUGGGCUAAUUACUUCCUGCAUUCAGGUCAUCUUUACAGGAAAUAUGAUGCUGAUAAGAUGUCUAAGUCACUUCAGAAUGUUGUUAGCAUCCAGGACUUCUUGAAGACCUAUACACCAAACCAGUUCAGAUUUCUGUGUCUUAUGUCCAAGUAUGAUCAUGAUUUAGAGUAUGGACCAGACACGAUGCAGCAAGCUGUGGUGCUACAUAGACAGAUGUCAGCUUUCCUCAAUGAUGCUGAUGCUUAUGUCAAAGGUCAAAUAUGCUGUAAACCAUUCAAUGAAGCAGAACUCAUGCAAAGGUUAGAGACGACUCGAGAGGAGGUCAUUGAGGCACUAGCUGAUGAUUUUGAUACAAAGAGGGCACUAGACUGCAUCAUGAAGCUGGCUCAUACAUGUAACUCUAAUUUCAGCCAAGUGUCAGAGGAUACAUCUGGUCGCAGCCCUGGAGCAGUAGCAGCUGUAGCUACGUAUAUCAACCAAGUCUUAUCUAACUUAGGAUUACACAUGUCUACAAGAUCAAGUACCCAGUUCGACCAGUCAUCACAAGCAAUGACCGUUGCUCUAGACACAUUGGUCAACUUCAGACAGGAUGUCCGUCGAUGGGCUCUUACUGACCAAGAGGAUCAUGGGAUAUCUAGUGUUAGUCAGAGCAGCCAUGGAGAUUCAGAUGAUGUGAGACAGAGGAGGAGAAAGCUGAUGAAAGAGAGAGCUCCAUUACUCAAUGCCUGUGAUCAUGUUAGAGAUACACUCACUCAGAAUGGCAUACAGAUCAAGGAUCGAGGAGCUACAGCCACGUGGGAGUUUGUUGAGAAGCAGAAACCAGUGAAAACAGAGGACGAGACCGACAGAUGACAAGAAUGAAUGGACGAGGGCAACAAACUUUGUUGAUUGCAACAUGUAUUAUUAUCACAGCAAGCGAGCAAGCACAUAUAAAGAUCUUAUUUACAUGAAAUCUACUAAAUACAUUGCAACUUUAGUUACGUCUUUGGACUUAUAAAUUAAUUACAAAAUUAACUUUCUGAUGGAAUUGCAAUAUUUCUUUUGUACAGUAUAUCCCUUUAACAACACAAAUCUUGGUUUGUCUGCAGGGACAGAAUUAAUCUGUCUUCGACCUACAGUGUACAUGUAAUACUGAAAUAGCUAGAAUUGUUCAUCACAUUACAACACAUACAUGUAUAACUAUAUCAAGACUCAAGAGAAUGGACAACAUCAUUACAAGAGAUCAGGAGGUUCUAUAUUAAAGGAGUUAAGAAAGAUUCAAGUUUUGAACAAAAAUAGCACAGAUCAUAGUGGAAUGUAAUUCACAGGAUUGGUUUUGUUACUAGUUUGAUAAAUUUUCAAUAUACAUGUAUUUAAAACUUAAAAUUAUUCUGCUUUAUUCCUUAUCUUAGCAAGACUGAUAUGAUUCAAUUUAUUUACUUUUUAAUUCAAAUUAGGGAUGAAAAGAUUUAAAACUACUUUGCAAACAAUAUACAUGUACAUUUCUAUUGUUUAGCAAUUUAAAUAACAGCUUAAGGCAUUUAUUUAAGUACAGUGGUGUAAUUAACUGAGCUAUGUUGAGAAGUAUUGCAAAUGAGUAUUGCUAAAAACCAAUGCCACGUAUGGAGUACAAUUACUGUUUCUCCUGUCUAAUAUCGUUCUAAUAAAUUGAGCCUGACUUAUAUACAGGUAUACACAAAUAAAAACAUAUUUUCAACAAGUUAACAAUGCAGACAUUACCAUUGAACACUUGGACAAAGCAGUUACACAUUUUGCAGAAGUUGAAAAGACAACCAACUCAAACUUGUCUGAGAUGUUAGAAUUAGACAUUCCAUCAAAUAAGUCUUGAAUGCAUCAUCCUUUAUUUGUUGCCUGCAUACAGAUAGAAUUGCUUAUAUUUCAUAUGUAUUUGAAUGAAUAACCACAAAAAGGCACAACGAUUAAUACAAGAUGGAUCAUAGAAUUAAAACAAAAUGAAAGACCGCAGAAAUUAAUAUUUGCCAAAUGAAAUGUGUUUACAGAUUCUAAUCAUCAAAUCCCUAAUAUUUGAAUGCAUUUUGCUUUCAAUUUCAUAAAUAAAUUUUUAGGUAUUUUUACACUGAUGAAUUUCAUAAAAGCGUUUUAUAUAUUAUGUACCGUACUUGCAAUGAAUGUGAUAAAGCACACCGUUACUUCAAAUGUCUGUGAAUAAAGAGUCAUCUUUAUCAGGUGAUAUGGUAGUAAAAAAUUCUUUAAAAAAAUAGAUCCCAACUGUCACAUCAAUAACUGCAUUACUUGAGAUAAGGAAUCCGUAUUAACUUCAAAUCAGUUCCUUGCUUCAUGUCUAAGAAUAAAGUAGAUAUAUUUUCAUUGUAUUGAUUUUGUGAAACUCAUCAUAAUACAGCCUGAACAUGAGCAGCAAGAACAAUGUAAAAUAAAUUGUUUCAAACAAAUGAUAA